CGCUACUUCCGGGUUUCCUCACACUCGGUUGUAGGUAUGGCGGUGGAGCAGGAGGCGGCGGGGAGGGAGCUGCUGGCGGCUGUGUUGCGGGACCUUGCUGCUCCGGAGGGACACCCGAGACCACAGAACCGGAGGCUGAGCCGUGAGGAGGCGGAGGGCGAGCUGUGCGAGGCGGUGCUACGGCUAGUAGGGGGAAGAGGUGGUCCCUCUUGGCUUGCUGCCAGUCUAACCAGGGCUGCUGUUGACCAAACCCUGCAGAAUGACCUGGCCUCAUUCGUGGAAAAGAAAGAUGUGGUAGAGGGAUCACAAGGUGAUGGCGAGAUUGAAGAUUUUCUCGGCUCAGAUGCCUUAUUCCAUCAUUGCCUUACCUGUGUCCAAGAUAUCGGCAGUCGGUGGCAAAAGCAGCUGCCUUCUCCACCUACUUCUGAACGCAUGUUGCACGUGUCUGUCCAUGCAAUCCGGAACACACGGAGGAAAAUGGAGGACCGGCAUGUGAUGCAAUUGGAUUUUAAUCAGCUUUUUGGAAUUAUGGAUGGUGUUGCGCGGUCAUAUUUUGCUAUUUUUGAUGGACAUGGUGGAUUGGAUGCUGCCAAUUAUGCUGCCACUCAUGUCCAUGUUGCUCUUGCUCGUAAUGAAGCAUUGGUGUCUGACCCAGCCCGAGCCCUAAAAGAAGUAUUUCAGCGUACAGAUGCCAUGUUCCUCAGGAAAGCAAAGAGAGAGAGACUACGCAGUGGUACUACUGGUGUGUGCGCCAUGUUGGAAGGAGAGUGCCUCCAUGUGGCAUGGCUUGGAGAUUCCCAAGCACUCCUUGUACAGCAGGGAAGUCCAGUCACUCUCAUGGAGCCCCACAAGCCGGAGCGAGAGGAUGAACGUGAAAGAAUAGAAGCUCUUGGUGGCUGUGUUACUUAUAUGGGGUGCUGGCGGGUCAAUGGUACCCUUGCUGUAUCCAGAGCUAUUGGUGAUAUUGACCAAAAGCCGUAUGUCUCUGGAGAAGGAGAUGUUACCACUCAUGUUCUCAGUGGCACUGAAGACUUCCUGGUUUUGGCAUGUGAUGGAUUUUUUGAUGCUGUAACAUCUUCUGAGGUACCCAGCCUUGUUCUAGACCACCUUCAGGAAAAUGGUGGAGUUGGACAGCAUGUUGCUGAAAGGCUGGUGUCUGCAGCAAAAGAGGGUGGCUCUAGUGACAACAUCACAGUGAUGGUGGUCUUUCUACGAGAUCCAGCUAAAGUCUUGGAAGAUUUUCUAGCCCAUGCAAGUUUGGAGGCAGAACCAUUGUUUGAUUUUGGUGGUGGUGGGGCAGAGGUUGGAUCAGACCAUGCAGGCUGAUGCUUUCCCUUCCUGUUAAUGAAAUUCUGUGGGCCAUAUAGAUGUAAUAAUCUCAGGAUAUUUUUUAAGGGAAAGCUGUAGAUUACUGGACUCUUCUAGAGGGGCACAUCUCAUACUGAUCCUUAAACAGUCCUGUUUGACCCACAGCUAAGGUCAGUUCAUCAAUAUCUAUGUCAAAUACAGAUUAUUUCUCAUGAGAUACCCAAGGCAUUCAAAGAGAUGGGAAUAUCGGAAACACUGUACGUUCAGAAAAAGGAAACUAUUUUGUGUACAUUUUAAUGCAGUUUGAGGGAUGAUUGUGCCAUCAGUCAACCUAAACUCUUGUUUCUCGAUUGUUAGAUUGGUUUCUGAUUGUUUUACGGUUUGAAAUCCUAUGUUCUAAUCCCUUAAGUCAAAUGUUUCUGCAUCAAAGUAUCUGACAGCACAUUGUGUUGCCACUGUUAUGGUAUCGUUUGUUAGCUUUGCUACUGACUAGAGCGUCUACACACAUAUUACGGUCAAAUUGUAGUAAAGCUAAAACAGAUCUGCACAAACUGUGUAGCAUGAGGUGCUAAAAUAUGGGGGUGGGGAUGUACUAGCACAGGGCAAUUUUUUUCCCAGAGGGUGCAAAGUGAAGGUAUUCCUGGCACAAACCAGUAGGAUAUAAACUGGUUCUAAAGGCUAGAUAUUUUUACAUUAAUGCAUUCCCCCCUCCCCCUGUAUAAGUUACCUGAGUCUUAUCUUGAUCUAGCGCAGUGCCUGUCUGCAGCAGCUCUCUCCUCUCUCUCUGCUCAGAGGCAGCAGCGGAAGCCAUUGGCUUCUGCUGCCUCAAUCAAAUCCUGUCAGCAGAGAGUGGUGUGUGUGUGUGUGUGUGUGUGUGUGUGUGUGUUUAAAGAUGCACACAACCCAGGUUGAGAUGCUUCUGAGCCACUCUGUGCAAUACCAUUGCACAGAACAGGGAUAAGCCUACCAUCAUUGUUUUAAAAAAUAGAAAUAAAAGCCUUUACAACCACUUUAAAGUGGGUGUGAACCCCUUACAAUACACUUUAUGCUUCAGGUAAGCCUAUAAUGAGGCUUGCCUGUAGCUACCUUGGAUAUCUCCUAAACCUGAACGGUUUAAGUGAUAUCCCCGGUAUUUGCAUGUGCCUAUGUAAUCGUCACGUGCGCACUGAAGCAAUGGUACAUACGUCAUUGUGGCUCUGGCCAAUCACAGCUUCGGAGCCGCGAUACCCAGGAGUACCUAGAGGACGAUAUGUCACCGGCUGGUGCUGUCGGGCACCGCAGCAGGGGCUUCGAUCCCAGGUGAGUAUUGCAUAAUGAGUAGUAUGCUAUGCAUACUAGCUCAUUAUGCUGUUGUCUUGCAGGUGUUAGAUUUUUUAUUUUUUGCAAAGUGGGUUCACAACCAAUUUUAAUCCCUCAUGCACACUGGACAUUAAAAUAACGUUAUAAAAACACCAGUAGCUUUGCGGUGAGUUUUUGAAAGUGUGUUU